UACUGCGAAAUGACUGACAUUGUGUUAGUAUGAGUAUUUUGAUUUAGUACGAAAGAUCAAGCGAAAAUUACUCAUCCUCACUCAGCGUUGAUUUGCUGUGUUCCUUCGACUGUUCCAAAGCCUGCAACAUCGAAUUUGUGCAUUUUUAAAGCACUGAGCUCAGUGAGGUGAAUGUUGAAAGUUUGUUUGAAUGGAUAUGUCUGGACAGGCCGGUCUGAUGCCAUCUUAUUUCACUUAUGUUAGUCAAAUGAAUUAUCAGGAAGAUGAUUUUGAUGCAAAGAUACUGAAAGCAGUGAAAAAAGAAAUGUCAACAGACAAUGAGUUAACACCAAGUGCAGCUCCAAUUGUCGCCAGCACUGUAACACUAGAGACUAUUCAAGAUGUUCUUCAUACCCAAGGAUAUGGCGACAUUGAAGCCACUGAACAAGAAUCACAAUAUGGUCCAUUUGAAGAUACUCGGUUUGAUCAAGUUGUAGAUGUUCAAACUAAUGGAGACCGCUUAAUAAGUGAAGAAGAUGAGAUAAAUUUUAUGCAUCUCCCAGAUUUUGGAGUAAUUCCCAACUCUGAUCCAUCGUCACUUGAGAUGGAUUUGUUGAAUUAUGACUCUGGAAUUGAAGCUGAGAUAGAAGAAAAUAAAGCUCGAACCCCAAGAAAGCGUUCCAAAACCAAACAGAAACGAGUGAACCGUCUGCAGGUCGACAACAUAACAGACAAUGCUGAAGAGUCGGAAGAAGCCACAGUUUCAAAAUUCCAUUGCCAGUAUUUGUGGGAAUUUUUACAAAGUUUACUCGGCUGUAAGAAAUUCAACAGCAGAUACAUUGAAUGGAAGAAUCACCCUGAAGGAAUCUUCAAGUUGAAUGAUCAUCAUUCGGUUGCUAGACUCUGGGGAGUACAAAAGAAGAGAAAAAAUAUGACUUAUGACAAGUUGAGCAGAGCUCUCAGGUAUUACUACAGUAAAAAUAUCCUGCAGAAGGUUGAUGGGGAGCGACUUACUUAUAAAUUUUGCAAAUCUGUGUAUGAAUACAAAAGUUAAACGCAUCAGUUAUUAUACCAUACUUCAUGUAAAAUUUAUUUAGGCACGCAACUAUAUUCUUCCCUAGGAAAGUUCGAUAUUUUGAUCAUUGAUAUUCAUUUUCAUGACUUUAUCACUUCAUGUAUUUCGGUAUUGACUGGUCUAAUAGAUAGAUUUAAAGUAUUUUCCGGCAUUUUGUUGGGGAAUGGGGGUGGGGUGGGGUGGAGGUGCUAGAUAAUAACAUAAGCGUACACAACCUGAUGAUUUAGACCCACCACGCUAUCACUGCUUUGAAUCAUAAAAAAAUAAUUAUAAGGAAUUAAGGCCCUUUUUCAUAUAAAAACACACUCGCGACCAGCCUUCUACUUUGGAGGAAAAUUUUCUUCCACAAGCAUUGUCGUGCAUGUGGAGAGAGGUUAUAGAAGUUAUUCAUAUUUUAACGCCAUAUUUUUUGCCCCUGUGGGCAAAUUUUGACAGGAUAUUUUUGAUUAGAUAUACCUAAUGCACGCUUAUACAACAGUGGUUAAUUCAUAGGGGAGCGCACCCCCGAAAACAGAUUGAACCUGGUUUAACAUUUCCUGAUUGUAGCUAUCAAUUAUCUUAUUCUAAUAACAUUUAUGACGACUGCGGGUUGCGCAAAAGUAUUAGAUUUUCUUUAUUUCCUUAAAAAAGCUUUGCUGGAUUACCAUGCACUGUUGAGAUUCAAUUAAGAUCCUUCUCAUUCAUCCUAGUUCUCAAUUCAUUGAUCAGGCUGCCUAUAGACAAAUGUCUUUUUCCUGUUUUAAUGUUUACAUAAUUAAUUGCAUGUGGUUGCAUUUGUCAUUUAUGAAAACACUGCAUAUACAACUUAACCGUUUAUACGUGUAAAUUUUUAACUUGUAACUAAUUGACUGAAACAGCAAGAAUAACGCCGUCGUGUAACAUACAUUUUUAUCAUUUUUAUUCCUUCUGUGUAUAUAAUUGAAAAUUUUUGCAAUAAAAAGUCA